AUGUUGUGCGAUACUGUACUCCAGGAAGGCCGCCAAGCUAUCGUUUGUCGGCAAGAAACGCGCUGGUAUUAUUGGAGCCGCGAGUUUGUCCCAGGUAGUUUUUUAGCCUAGACUAAUUGUAAAAAAAUUUCACAUCCGAAAAGUGAACAGCUUCAGGUCGACCGUUAUCCACUGUCUUGCUGACUUUGGAGUUUUGCCUUCUAGUAAUAUUUAUAGCAUGUACGAAUUCUGUGAAACGAGAUACGGCCUGUACAUUUCUACUGCCAAUAUCCGGUCUCAUUCUCAUCUGUUUUGCAGCAAAAAUGGCUUACGCUUGUAUAUUCUUUGCGGUUGAUUAUCCUAACAAGGAAAUGUAUGACAGAAGACUAAUACACUAAAAUUUAACCUUUUAUUUCAGUCUCCGUAUGCUAACUGGCUUUUCAAAAUCGAUAGAAACAAUUAUCCGAUGGUCUUUUUGUUUUGGGUUAACUGUGUACAUCGGCAUUUUGAUACACCACGCGAGGAAACGGUACCAUUUGACCAAUAGAUUCUGCAGGUAUCUUUGUGCUCCAUUAAGGAACAGGAAGUUCUUCAGAGUGUCUUUCUCCUUGACCAUGCUCGUCAACACAGCCACGUCUUUAGCUUGGAAUAUUUGGCCUAAACUCACUUAUUUGAAUUAUCUCUUUGCAGGCUUCUCUUGUUUGUCUUGGGCCGUAAUCACCAUUUCUGUAAGAACCUAAAUAUUCUUCACUCCUUAUCAGUUUCUUAAGGGUUUCGUCGUCGUCUUGAUGUUUUCGAAAAAGCCCAGUGAAGCACUGAAAGCGGUCGGAGACAGAGAGAUUCGAAACGCCCGCAUGCGCUUAUUUUGGGCCUCUGCUUUUGCCUUUUUGACAACGCCGGUCGCUUUCGUUCCUACUAUCUGUGAGAAAUUGAAUGGAAAUCAAAACGUCCAAGCACUUUCAUAGACACGGUAUUGACGGAAGUUGAAGAAGUCGUCGAAAUAGGUGGCGCGUGUCAACAAGUCGUUAUUCUCUUCGACGCUUUCAUUUUAUUGCCUUGUUUCAGGUUCAGUUUUUUAAGGCUAAAUAAGAGUUGUUGCAACCAAAGUUCAAUGAUUAAUGAUCAACUAGAAAUUACAAAAAAUCUGUUACAGAACUGCGAUUUUUGGUUGUUGCACUGAAGAUGAAGAAGAGGAACGCCGGAAGUCCAAUGGUCAACUUGUGAUGGUAGCCCCUGCCACUGAUCUUUGGAGGAUCGACAACAACAGCAAUAUCUAUCAGAAGCCAGAAGUCCCAACAAACUUGCAAUUUAUUCGGCUUCCGGUGGUGUUUGAUUCCGGCGGUAAACCAGAGAUUCUUUUCCCUGUCCCACCGAAGUAUGAAGAACUUUUUCACGUUGCUCCCACUUUAGAAAAUGCUCAAACAUAA